AUCGAUGAUCUAUCACAGCAGUCUUAUAAGUAUGGAGGAAAUGGAAUACUCUACCGCAAACAGUAUGUUGACUAUGACUACUCACAGCAAGGCCAAUGUGUUGCUCCAGACAUGACAUGAUGCAGCCACAAUGGCCAUACCCUGAGAUUUUCCAGCCAACUCAGGCACAUACUCUAGCUUCACCUCAGCCCUCCUAUGGAAACAACUUUGAGGAUGAGCCACCUUUAUUAGAAGAGUUAGGUAUCAAUCUUGACCACAUCUGACAAAAAACACGAACAGUGUUACAUUCAUUAAAAGUAGCAGGUGGAAGUGUCACAGAUGAAACCGAUUUGACAGGACCAAUGGUUUUUUGUCUUGCCUCUGGAGCCACAUUGUGACUGGCUGGCAAAAUCCAGCUUGGCUAUGUAUGUGGGAUCCAUGCAAUUGGAUGUCUAGGAAUGUUUUAAUUAAAUUUAAUGAGCAUGGCAGGUGUUUUGUUUGGUUGUGUAGCAAGUGUCCUUGGACAUUGUCUUCUGCUCAUGAUUUUACUUUGCAGCUUCGCAAUGAUAUUUUCUUUGUAAGGAAUGGUAGGAGUCAUUCUCACUGCUGAGAUUGUUGGAUGGUCUAGCUUUUCUGUUUCCAAGAUAUUUAUUUCUGCAUUAGUCAUGGAAGGAUAGCAACUUGUAGUAGCGUGUCCUUGUGCUUUGCUUUAUGGAGUCUUUUCCCUGAUUUCUGUCUUUGGAAUUGAGUUCAUCUGGAAUGUGGACAUUAGUGAGCAAAACAUACAAAAGGACCUGAACUCUUACACUAGAACCAACAAACUGCUGCAGCGCAAUUUUCAUGCAGAUUUCCAUUUGCUAUGGGAGCAAUGA